AUGAAUGAUCAUGCAGAUAUAAAAAGAAUAAAUGUAUACAUACCCUUCAUUGAAAUUUAUCUACAAUUAGAAAUCAAGAUUACAAGUAAGCUUCAUCAAUUGGCAGAGAUAAUUCAUUAAGUUACAAGCAACGACAAUGAACUCAAUAUAUUUAGAGGAGAAUUACUAGGUAUGGAUCAAGUGAUAGCUUAAAUACAAGGAAUAACUUCGGGUGAUCCAAAAUGCUAUUUGACGGCAUAUGCUGAAAUGACUGGUGCAUGA